AAUGAUGCGCGCUCCCGGUGCGUGUGCCCGAGCUGUGCCUGCGCGCUCCCUGAAAAUGUUGCGCAGGUUGUAAUGCAAAGAGGAGAGGGAGAAGGAGCAGUAUCUGCGCUGGCGUCUCUGUGUGUGGCUACCCGGGGAGCCUGUGCAAGCUGACUCAUUGGCACUCAGUGAGUAGGCAGGACACCAUUGUGCAGGGUAGGCAUUAGCAGGUGAGCUGCGCUAAUUACAGGACCAUAGCAUUUUUAAGGGGGCGUGGGCCAACUCGAAAGCAUCCCAAGGAGGAGCAGCAGUAAUACAGCAAUGAGGGACAGAUCCCUCAUCUGCAUUGAGAGUGGGCUUCAACCACCAGUGGACUGGAGAGCCCUUGGUUUAGGGAAAGUACUCCAGAUUCUGUUAUGGAGCUGUCUGCCAUUGGAGAGCAAGUGUUCGCAGUUGAAAGUAUUCGCAAGAAGAGGAUCCGGAAGGGUAAAGUGGAAUAUCUUGUGAAGUGGAAGGGCUGGCCUCCCAAAUACAGCACGUGGGAGCCAGAGGAGCACAUUCUGGAUCCACGUCUUGUUUUGGCAUACGAGGAAAAGGAAGAAAAGGAAAGAGCUUCAGGGUGCCGAAAACGUGGUCCAAAACCAAAACGUCUUCUCCUACAGAGACUGUACAGCAUGGACCUGCGUAGUGCACACAAAUCUAAGGAAAGGAACCUCUGCUUUUCACUGUCUAGAAGAUUUAAUCCUGCAUUGGGUGGUAAAACUACACCAACUUCUUCAGUGCCAGAGAAAGCCAAAUCGCUGCAAUUCCCACUCAGCAAGCAGCGUAAAGGCCGAAAAUUUUUGUGCCUGUCACGCAAAAAGUUCCUGCGUGUUUCCACCUAUGAACCAUUGAGCAGGAGGUCAGACUUCUUUGCAAAGGAAGAAGAAAAGGAAGAGACUGAAACAAUUCCUGAUUGGCAGGAGGAAAAAUCAAUGGAAGAGCAAGGCCUUGAAGAAAAUGGCACACCAGCGACUCCACCUCUUUGGCUUCCUGCCGUCCCUAGGCCCAGCGAGAUCAUUGUCACCGACAUCACCUCAAAUUCCAUCACAGUGACAUUUCGAGAAGCCCGGUCAGCAGAAGGUUUCUUCCGGGACCGCGGAAGCGACUGUUAGCCUUAUCUUUUCAUCUUUGCUCUAUCUAUGUUAUUCCUCUUCCAUCCUCUUCUGAAAUUAUGUUUAAAUGCAGGGAGGAGACAAUAGGAAAAGAGGGAUGUUGUAUAGAAACCAAUUAUUUUUCCCUCUUAAAGAGGCUGUAUAGGAGAGUGCAGGGCCAUGAUCUUAUGUUACAACAUUUGUGAACUUGUUCUGGCUGCACUUAAAAUUGCAUUGACUUUUUCAGCUUGUCACCCUGUAUUUUAAUGUUUGGAGAUGUUCUUUACAGAGCACAGACAUAAGAAGCGUGUAUCCAAUAGUUUGUGCCAGGGAUGCACUAAAUCCGGGAUUAGGUUUGUGCACCGGUGGUGCAUCUCUAGCUUGUGGUUUAAGGGUAAACUCAAUAAGAUCUCUUUGUUUACAGUAAAGCCAAGGCUGAUAUAUUUAUCCCUUGGUAUGAACUCUGUUACAAUGAGAUAUUGUAGAUAGGCUCAUGAACUAUGUCUGCCACAGUUCACUUCUGAAUUUAAAUACAGAAAUGUCAGGCAUUGCAGAUCUAGUGUAAGCCAUGGCAUAUGGCAUUUUGGGUAGACUUCAUUUUCUACUCAAUAUCCUAUUCUACUGAUAGGUGUUCUAGGUGCACUAAUGCUUGCAUCUUGUAAUAUAGACAGGUUAAAAUGCACUCACUAAUUACAGGUUUUGUCACUGUAUUUACACAGCUUCCUAUACUAAAAGCACUUAUAUAUUUGCACUCAGACAGUAUCUCAAAAAUAUUCACAGGUGUUUUAGCCACACUCUGUAAGCAUGGUGAGCUAAUACCCUGUUCAGUUUCUUUGUUUACAUUCUGAAAUAUGUGUCUUACAAAUGUGUGUCCUACCAAUAUUGGCACGGCUAUCUAUACUAAUUGCUUCUGUCUUAGUGAGCUUUAUAUAUAUGUAUGUAGAUAUAUAUAUAUAUAUAUAUAUAUAUAUAUCCUGAUGAAAGGUACUCUUUACAGCAUUUUCCACAAAUCACUGUUAUUUUGCAAAAAUAGCAUGUAUCAAAUCCUUCCCUAAUUACCAUUGGACACUCUGAUUUCAGUUUAAUUUGCAGGGGUGAUUGUUUAAAAUGUUCGGCCUAAGUGACUAAACCUGUAUUUAAACUUGUAUAAAAGGUCCUUAAUUGUAGCACCCCAGAGGGAAAUGACUGCCAUAUUACACAGCCAUUAAUGCACUUUUGGACUACUUGUGGCUCAUUUACUACAUUACAUAAUAAACUGCACAAAUCCUGUUAGCCAUAGCAGCCAAUCAGCAGUUUAUUUUGAUCAGUCUGUCACAAGAUAAGCAAAGAUCUGAUUGGUUGCUUUGGGAAUAUGCACUUCUGUAGUUUAUCACAUAUGUUUGUAUCAGGCCUUUAUGGGGUUUUUUUUUUAAUAAAACCUCCAGUUUCUGAACUGAAAGCAAACACAACACACACUGCUACCAAACAAGCACUCCAGAAAUUACACAUUUAGGGGUGGAGCUGCUAUUCUGAGAGUCGGUGUAAAGACCAGAGAUUCAGGCUGCAAGUGUUUUUUAAUUGAAAGUGUUGCCCAUAGCACCCUACUACAGUGUUAUCCACACCACAUUAAAGAUAAAAUAACCUAUGUGGCAGAUUCAUUCAUUUUCAAGGUUUCCUGUGAUUUAUGUAAACCAUGGCAAGAAAAAAAACUUUUUUUUUUCUUCAGUCUUGUUUUUUUCCCCCCACAAUUGUGUUUUUUCAAAGAAAAAUUAAAUUUCAUCAGGUUUUAGGUUGUGAGAUUUUUAUUAUUUUUGCAAAUGAUUUAUGCAUAUUGCAACAAAUCUACCCCUAAAUGUCUUAUACAUUAACAACAAACUACAUGAGGCUUGUAUCUCAUAUGUUGUAGUGAAUGUUUAAUAAACCUGCGACACAGGUUUCCUUAAUUGCUUUUAAUCUGGGGGAGUCAUUAUAGGCAUGUAUGCAAAGCAACACUAGUGUGCAUUUAGUACAGUCACUACUUGGAAAAUCGACUGAAAUCGGAAGGAGGUGUUGAGAAAUAAAUGAAAAAAAAACAGACGUGCACCAUUGCAAUGAAUUUUAGUAAAGGGAAGGGCAUUUUCAGGAGAUUGUUGCCCAUAGUAGAGCAGAUUUUCCACGGGUGAUGACAUCUUAUGUGCCAUUACCCUAAAUGUCUGUUUGGUCAAAACCCAUCAGAUCUAAGCUAUGUUUGGAAAAACAGACUGUAUUGUUUUACUACCCUGUGCCUCUUCCUGAUUCCAGUGUACCCACUAUUUUUCAGUUUGCAUUAGGCUAAUGGCACACCGUAGCUGUAUAAUAUAUAUAUGCCAACAGAAAAAAACCUAUCUGCUGCCUUCCGCACCCUUUAUGUGUUUUUUACUGACCGGCACGGAAUCAGCCUGUCUGGAAACACUAAGCCGAUUUUGGUGGUAAAAUGCAUACUUCAGUGUUUCCAUGCCAAAAUCCACUUUGUGUGUGUUGUAAGAAAUUUAACUGUGUGCCAUUAGCCUUACAGUUUGAACAACUACAGGGCAGAACAUGUGGGCUAAACAUUUAGGUAAUUUGUUAGGUCAUUGUGACCACUGUUUCUAUUCAUCUGUUUGUUCUAGAAAAUUGUUAUACCCUUAUGUUUAUACUUGUUAAUAACUGAAUACUAGGUCUCUAAACAAAGAUUGGUCCCUUUGUUCUCAGUGCACAAGUGAAACAUUUCAUUCUUUUGUGGUACAGAUAGAGGUGAUAAGAAGAGAAAGAGCAAAUAUACAAUUCAGUGGAUACAAAGAAUCUACCAGUACCAAAAUAUGCAAGAGGUUAACACAGGGUAAAAUAGAAAUGGCUGAAGAAAUGUCAAGUGGGUUUUCUGACUUUAAGCACUUUAUAUUGCACUAGGGAAAGGGCUAUGUUAUCAUUAGAAAUAUUAUUAAAGAUAAUAUUGAUAUAAAACACUGGUGUUUUGAUUAAAUCAGCAUGGUGUUAAACAUAAGGAUAAUGGCAUUUUUAUAGAUGUUUUGUAAACCCUUUUUUAGGGAUUCUUUCCCCUUUUCUCUGGUUUACAUUCGAUUUUGCUCUAGGCAAAAUAAAUGUGGCUCAUGUUUGAAAAGGGAUCAUCUAACCAUUUACAGAUGAUGUAUAUUAAUAUAUUGGGCUGACAGUUGUAUUGUAGAAUUACAACAUAUCUCUUAUUGGACCAACAUUUUCAAGGUAAACUAUUCCCUUUAAAGAAAAAGCAGUUAUACUUUCACAUUAGGAAAAAGAGUUUUCUGAUGCUGAUGUUUUUUUGUUUUUUUUUUACGGUCCUGCAGCACUGUCUUUUCCCCAAAUUUAAAAAGACAUUAGUUGCACUGUUUUUGAGGAUUUAGGCACACUUUUACAUGAUAUUUUGUAUUAUAUUUCACAGGAGCUCAAAAAUUAGUUGUCCUCAUCAUCCAUUUGUUUUUAUUGUCCUGUCUUUAUAAUGUAGUAGAUAAACCCCCCUGCUGUUUUGAGAUUUGUUUAAGGGCUGUAGCACACGGGGAGAUUAGUCGCCUGCGACAAAUCUCCCUUGUCGUGGGCGACUAAUCUCCCCGAAGUGCCAUCCCACCGGCGAAAAUGUAAAUCGUCGGUGGGAUAGCAUAAGCGGCGCCGUAUUUCCGCAACUUCCGCGAUUUCCCAUCCCAUCAUGCCAUCCCACCGGCGAUUUACAUUUUCGCUGGUGAGAUGGCACUUCCAGGAGAUUAGUCGCCCGCGACAAGGGAGAUUUUUCGCAGGCGACUAAUCUCCCUGUGUGCCACAGCCCUAGCAGGUCACUUGGCAACUUCAGAGCUGGGUCACUUCAAGGCUAGAUCGUACCCAACAUUAGAUAGGCCCAGAUAUUCAUAAAAUAAGUAAAUGACUUCAGAACUAGUAUCAAAAAAGGGCCAAAACCAAUCCACUUAACCUGAUUCAAGUCUGCACAGUUAAUUUAUUUACAUUAAUGUACCUUUACUGUCCAUCUUCCCAUGUACUGUAUAUUACAUACUGAAGGUCUAAAAAAAAAAAAAAAAAACAGCAAAAGAAUUUUAAAAAAUGGAGUUUCAGUUAGUUGUUGUAUGGUUAAAAUGUCUUUAGUUUAUAUGUAAUAGCUGGCAUAAACCAAAAUGAAUAUAAAAAAAACACUUUUCUGUGAAUACUAAAGGCUAUUAAAUGUUUGACAUGUGAGACAUGUAGGUAGGGUGGGUGUCAUUGCCUGGUGAUAUGGUUUGGGGAAUCCUGUAGAUUAACUAAAAUCUGAAUAUAUAUUAAAUAUUGUUAGUGAGAUGUUUUGCUUCAAAUUUUAGAUAUGCUAGCUCAGACUUCAGGUGUUCUGCUUGCCAUGUUAAUCAGCAUUUCCCAAGUCUUUAGGGUACAAAUUUCAAUACUGAAAAGAACUAGUGAUUGUGUUUGACAAACACAGUUAGUGAGUUGGCUAAGGGUGUUGCCAUUUCCCCUCAAUAUAAAGACAACAAAGAUAUAUUAUUUUUAUGUAUAAAGAAUACCAUUUGGUUUAGUCAGGACCAUCAAAAAAACAGCCAUUUUACUGAAGCUGUUUAAUUUUUUAGAUUGUUAAACAUUCUAGUGAUAUUGACCAAACAAAGAGGGUAAAGGCUGUACCUUUGUGUUCAAAUGUAUACAGAGAUAGGGGGCAUUUAACAUUGACUGGGCAGGGUGUUAAGUGUGAAAAACAUACAUAAGCCUACUUAAGUUUUUCACACUUUGCUUCCUGACCUGCACCCACAGGGGCAGGAUCUUGUGCUUCCUCCUUGUAUACAGUGCUGCCUGCACUCGUCAGUGCUGUACUCAUAAGGGGUGGCAGAGGGAAGCACAUAGGUUGAGUUCCUUCUGCCCCCUAACUUGCUUGCUAUUCAGAAGCACAAUGUAGUGAGUGCCAGUGAGUGCAGGCUUCCUGUGGCAGGCAGUAAGGAGGGCUGUCUCGUGCCCACCAGAAUUCCACUCUGAAUCUCAUACUGGAUUAAUCUGCCGUGAGGUCCAGAGUGUAGCAAGACCUGGUGUACAAGUGAUUCUUGAAUUAGCUCUAAGUAGCUUGAUUUUCCUGUAGCACUUAUGCCCAAGCUAAAUGUCCCUUCGGAAUCCGUGGAAACCUUUUGUGUGGCAGCUUCACUUGCUGUGUGCUACCAAUAAACACAUAGCCUGGCAUAGUUCAAAUAGAAACCCAUCAUCAGUGUAAGGAGGGAAGCAAUUUCCUAUUUAUCCCUUCUUUACAAAUCUGUUUUGAGCAGCUGCUUAUAGCUUCUACAAGACUUACAUUUUGGAUACGGAAAUAGAAGUACAGAAAAUAUAAAAUCUAAACAUUGUUUAACAAUGAUAACUUGUGCAGUGCUAUGGUAUUGUGUAAGAUCAUAUCUGUUGUAUUGUACCAGGUUUGGGGCUUAAUAUUGUAUAUUUUGUUUUCUCUUUCUCUUCAAAUUCUUCUGCUCAACUACUCACGUUGCUUUUAAUAUGUGACUUUAUAUUCAUAUUAUUUGAAAGUGUAGUAAAAACAAUCCUAGUAAGUGACAGUUUAAUAUAAUUUGGGUUUAGGUUUUGCGUAAAUCAAAUGUUGGGUAAUAAAAUGACAGGUGUUAUGAUUUUGCAGGCACGCAUAAGUGAGCAUCAUGAGGUAAUAUAUCUGCAUUUCUUGUGCACUAUUUUUUAAUAUUGUCAAAGGCAGCAGUAAAGUGAGAUGGUUGCCAGCCUUUCUUUGACAAAAUCAUGGCUUCAUAUUGCCUGAUAUGGCAUAAAGGCUUUAAGAUCUUUGUAUUUUCUUUCAAACAUAGAUUUGGCUGAAUGUAAUAAAUAAAAGAUUUGUACCAGUAAGAUAAUAAUUAAUAAUAAUAAAUACACUUUCCCAAGACAUUGCACUUAUAUGUAGUGGUAGGGUCGGAACAUAGUUUGGGAUUUCUGCAAUAUUCAGUAUGUAGCUAUCAGCAUUGCAUUACAAAGCAACAGCUUCACUUUUUGUGGUUCAUAAAUCCCUUGGCUUCCACACAUGCUGCCGUAGGCAACAAAACUGACCAAUCUUUGUUUUGCAUUUUAUGUUACUAUUUCAGGUCAUUUAAAUCUUUUCCAGCACCUUCCCCUAAAAUGCUGCAGAAAGUUUUUAAACUUCCUUUUGGAUCACCAUAAAUUCAGCAAAGAGAUGUUGAAAUACAGUAAAGCUUACAAAUGCUGAUUUGUAGCACUCUUCCUGCGAUUUUACAUAUGUUUGUGCAAAGUGGUGAAAACGUUUUUUAGACACUGAAUGGGUUAUUGAUGGGCUACCAAGAUGCUUCAAGUUGUGUUUCCACUUCCUAAAUCCUUAACCAUCCAAAAAAAAAAAAGGACAAAAACAAUGCAAUUGUCUUCUACAGGAAACAGAACUUGAACUUCUUUGGAAAGUCCACCACUUCUUUUGACACAA